AUGCUGCACAGCGCAGACGUUGGCAGGCUCAGUACGCGACACCAAAACGCCCAAAAAGGCGCAAGACGCUCGACGAUCUCGCCACGCCAAGCUUCGGAACUGGCCGCUCAAGCCCAGCCGACCGAGGAGGACGUUCGCCAAGGACUCGACAACGCGCUGCAACAUUGUAUUGCCAGCCCUGGGGCCCAGUUGUCUGCCGAGCUCGAGGCCCACGGCGACGAGACGUUCAGUAUGGCGCGGGUCUACGCCGACGUCAACCAGAACAUGCCACGGGCAUACUGGGACUAUGACAGCGUUAACAUCAGUGAGCAGCCGCGCUGA